AUGGCUUCUUUCCUGCUUGGCGACGAAUAUGCCUCCUCCUCCUCCUCGGACGAGGAAACUUCUUCUAGAGCGACAUCAAACAUUAUAGUACCUCCGCAAGCAGCGACACCCGCGAUGACGCAGCUAUUACCAUCAGCAGAUGAGUUAUUCGCCAGUAACACCAGCGGACGGAAAAACGAGCAAGUACCACGACCAGCAACCAAAGCGGUGAAAAAAGAGACGGGAGAGGCUGCUCGCAAACCUGCAAUUGCGCCGUUUGCACCGCCUCAGCUCCGCCGACCAAAUAUUUCGACAGAAGACCGAAGCUCGUGGAAUACGGACAAAACGAUAGCGUAUCAGAGGAAAGCCAAGGAAGGAGUGUGA